AUGCGGCAGAACUUCAUUUCCUUCCCUCGCCACGAAGAAGAGCAUCUGCAGCAGACCGUGAGCUGGCACCCGUGCCUCCUGCUUCUGGGCCAGAACUGCAAUGCCAAGUGCCAGCUCCUCAACAUGCUCCUGGGCGAGAAGCUGCUCCCUACCACCAAGAUCAGCAGCGAGGAGAACUGCAGGAGGCGGCGGAUCCGUUUCACCCACGGGUUGCAAACGCGGGUUAGUCUAGCGCUGCCAGAGCAGUAUGAACUGGUCCAUAUGAUGGCAGCCCAUCGAGGGCAGUGGGACACGAUCCCGGAGGAGGACUUGGAAGUCCGUGGGGACAGUGAGGAUCCUGCUCACCGCAUCGCCGAGCUGGAGGUCAUGCUGCCGUACUCGCUUCUAAAGGAAGUGGAUGUGGUGGUGGCACCGUGUCGUGGGUUCCAGUCAGCUGAAGCCACCUUGGGAGAAUAUGUGAACCACGUCCUGCCCGUGGUCGUCUUUGCCAUCAGCGAGGCCGAACUUUCCCCGUCGGAUGAGAACGAACUGCGCGAAAUCAGAGAGAAGUUUUCCUUGCCCAUUUUCUUCUUCAAAGUGCCAGAGUCGGGGGCUGAGCUGAUCUCUCCCAAAAAAACUGAUCACGAAAAGUCCUCCCUUUACUGCCAGCUGAUGGACUUGGAGUACCUGAGCAGCCACCACUGCAGCUGCGGGGCUCCCGGUGCGGAUGCCGGUGCCCAGAGCAUGUUGGUGGAGCAGUCCGAGAAGCUCCGUCUCCUAAGCACCUUCUCCAGGCAGGUCCUUCAGAAGCACCUGGUGGAAGCAGCCACCAGCUUGAACGAGGUGCACUGCCGUUGCCUGAACAUCUUCAUCAACCAGGCUUUUGACAUGCAGCGGGACCUGCAGAUCACCCCCAAGAGGCUGGAGUACACCCGCAAGAAGGAGAACGAGCUCUACGAGUCUCUGAUGAACAUUGCCAACCGUAAGCAGGAGGAGAUGAAGGACAUGAUCGUAGAGACUCUUAAUAACAUGAAAGAGGAGCUCUUGGAAGAUGCUGCUGCUAUGGAGUUCAAAGACAUCAUAAUUCCUGAGAAUGGGGAACCUGUUAGCUCCAAGGACAUCAAGUGCUGUAUUAAGCAAAUCCAGGAACUGAUUAUUUCUCGGUUAAAUCAAGCAGUUGCCAACAAGUUAAUUAGCUCGGUGGACUAUCUGCGAGAGAGCUUUGUAGGGACACUGGAGAGGUGUCUGAAGAGCCUGGAGGAGUCUUGGGACGUUGCAGCACACACGGCAAGGAGCUUGGAGAAGUCCAAGGAUGCCUCUGUGCACAUCACAAGCAAUUAUCUCAAACAGAUAUUAAAUGCAGCCUAUCACGUUGAAGUCACGUUUCACUCCGGCUCGACAGUGACCAGGAUGCUGUGGGAACAGAUCAAACAGAUAAUCCAGCGGAUCACAUGGGUCAGCCCACCUGCCAUCACCAGUGACUGGAAGAGGAAAGUUGCUCAGGAUGCUAUUGAGAGCCUCAGUGCAUCCAAGUUAGCCAAGAGCAUUUGCAGCCAGUUCCGGACCAGGCUAAACAGUUCCCAUGAGGCUUUUGCUGCUUCUCUAAGACAGUUAGAAGAUGGCCACUCUGGCAGGCUGGAGAAGACAGAAGACCUGUGGCUGAAGGUGCGGAAGGAUCACGCGCCUCGGCUGGCGCGUCUCUCGCUGGAGAGCAGGUCCCUCCAAGAUGUGCUCCUAUACGGCAAGCCCAAGCUGGGCCGUGAGCUGGGCCGAGGACAGUAUGGCGUGGUGUAUCUGUGUGACAGCUGGGGAGGGCAUUUCCCAUGUGCACUGAAAUCUGUUGUUCCUCCAGAUGAGAAGCACUGGAACGACCUUGCACUUGAGUUUCACUAUAUGAGGUCUCUACAGACGCACGAGCGGUUGGUACAUCUCCAUGGUUCUGUAAUAGAUUAUGGCUAUGGAGGAGGUUCCAGCAUUGCUGUCCUGUUGAUAAUGGAACGGCUGCACAGAGACCUCUAUACAGGACUAAAGGCUGGGCUAGAAUUAGAAACACGAUUACAGAUCGCCUUGGAUGUGGUUGAAGGAAUCCGUUAUCUUCACAGUCAGGGACUCGUGCACCGGGAUAUCAAACUCAAAAAUGUCUUGCUCGACAAAAAGAAUCGAGGCAAAAUCACUGACCUGGGGUUCUGUAAACCAGAGGCAAUGAUGUCUGGCAGCAUUGUGGGCACCCCCAUUCACAUGGCUCCCGAGCUCUUUACAGGAAAGUACGAUAACUCAGUGGAUGUUUAUGCGUUUGGCAUUCUGUUUUGGUACAUUUGUUCGGGACAUGUGAAGCUACCAGAGGCGUUUGAGAGAUGUGCAAGCAAAGACCACCUGUGGAACAACGUUAGAAGAGGAGUUCGCCCAGAGCGUCUUCCUGUGUUUGAUGAGGAAUGCUGGCAGCUCAUGGAAGCUUGUUGGGAUGGGGACUCCUCCCAGCGCCCGCUCUUGGGGAUCGUUCAGCCUAUGCUGCAGGGGAUCAUGGACAGGCUCUGCAAGGCCAGCUCUGAGCACCCAAAUAAAGGCUUGGAUGACUCAACUUGAAAAGGAAGCACAGAAGAAAUUUUAACGGAGAGGAUUCUGAACCCCUUAACUCUGCAGAUGGCUUCUUCACAUGUAGCUCUCGGUGGCUAACGUGACUGGGACAGGUAAUAGCAGCCCAAAGAUUGCUCAGAGGUGAGACCCUGGGGACGUUGCAUCUUGAAUUGCAGAGAGAAAUCUCCCCGGAAUACCCCAUUGAUGCUAGUUACCCUGCUGCAGCUUUGAGUAGAGGUGAGCAAAUAAGAUAGAAAAUCAUGCCCUUGGACUGAAAGGGAUUUUUUUCGCCCAUCCCACAUAAACUCCAGUCACACAAAAGCACCUUGUGUUUCAGGUAGCAUCCGAGUUGCCAGGAGUUGAUCCGGACAGUGGUUGAAACAAAAGCUCCCCGUUAACUGACGGGCCUGGGUGGCCUUGGGUCUGUCCACAGCUAUUCCGAUCCCGUAUCGAUCGGCAGCAAUUCCAGUGCAGUGGGAGGGGAAAGAGAAAGCAGAGGCUUCAGGCUAGAAGGGGUUAGAGGAUCGGAAUGUCUAUUUUUAUUAGCUUCUUGCUGCACUCAUAAUGUUUACAUGCACAGGAGUAAAGCUUCCGUGUUUUACCUAAGGGGGAAUUAUCCACUGUUCCAUUGCAGUGAAAAUACCCCAAGUUAUAAGCUCUUAUGUACCCUUCACCUCUUACUACUUUAGGAAAAAAAAGCUCUUUUGUGGUAGUUCUGCUUCAUAAUGGCUACUAGAAGUCUGAACAAACCUGACCUUUACUACAGUAUUUUGGGGAAAAUGGUAGAAUGCUCAGAGAUUACAUAUUAUAAUAUGGAAACAUGAAGUCAUUGCCACUAAUGACUGUCCAUGGGAGGGGGGGGGAAGCAGAUUCAUUUUAAACUGGGGUUCUGAAUUAGCUGUAAAGGCAAUGACAAUUUUAAAUUGUGUUAACUAUUGACAAACAUUUUUAAAAAAAUACAGUUUCUUCAGGGUUUUUUUUAAAGUCACAUGCUUGGUGAGAGCCUAAUCUAGGGAAAAAACAGGUCAUUCAUUCAUUCUUCAGUAGCUGUGUAUCGUGGCUGUGUUUGCUCAUCUGAUUGCUUCACUUGGGGCUCUCUAUUUUGGCAGCAUCGGAAAGAAUCAAGAUGUGGGUGGGAGGGAGGCAACUCCUUCGCAAGGAAGGCUUCAGUUGGGCUGGUCCUUGUGCCCUUCAAAGGGCUUCUUCUCCAAGUACCUUGUCCUCUGUCUUUUGCAUUUCUGGGGCAAGGUGGGUCUUAAUAUAACAUACCAAUGGGGUGGAGGUUGGAAUAGAAAAAGACACCUUAUAUAAUAGAGGAGGAAAUCCGGAGCUGGCAGGUUCCUCCCUGGGUUUGCUGUUGCUUCCAGCUGCAAGGUGGGCAGGAAAGCUGGUGUCCUGUGUCCAGACUUGGGUCAGUGUGUGGACCUGCUGCACCUUGUUGCUGGAGUUUACUGGCUGGUACGCAGCCAAGUGACAACCCCACAGCCUGCCCGGGGAACAGCUUGAACAAAGGAAAGGGAUCAAUAACCCUGCAGUGUUAGCUUAGCUUAAAUCUUCCUUUCUUUGUGCAAUAAACUGAAUUAAUGCUUUUAAAAAAAAAAGAGAAAAAACAAAAAAACUUUUUUAUUUACCUGCACACGUGGGCAUUUUUGUGGCCUCUGAUGGUGUUAACAGUAUAGUCCUAUCCAGAUAGGAGCCUCUGCAACUAGUCCAGCUGGAAGGGCAGCAAGUGCGACCCGCGUGCACAGAGCAACUCCUUUUCCCAAACGGAAUCGUUGGGCGUUUCACUGCCUUGGGGUGUAUGUGCAUGUCACCCAUGACACUAACAGUAUUAACUCUGCUUCCUCUGUGUUGUGGCUAGUAACCAUAUUUAAAAUGGGGAGAGUCGAGGUCAGUCUCUUGCAAUUUAAUAGUUUGUAUAAAAACUACAUGUAUGAAUAAAACGUAAAUGUCUGUAUAUGCAAUUCCAAAAAUGUCUUGUAUAGCUUUUCCUGUGUAGCUAUUGCCAGACACUUAUCUGGUGCCUUUAUAAUGGUUUGUGUUGCUACCUUGAUGUCUUUUUUGGUUUGUCUUUUUGCAUGUGCAACAUGAUAGACCUCCGGGUUUUCCCCAGCUUAAUACAGCUGCUUCUCUGCAUUUUUUUUUCUAUUUGGUUUAAUGUCUUAGACUAGUUUUGAGAGAUUUGGUAGACUUGUUUUGAUUUCACACGCCCUGUUACCUUUAUAACGAGUGGGGGUUCUUCCUCAUCAGAGCAAGGAAAAUCAAGUGAAUAAAUGAUAACUGUUAAAAGAUUUCACAGCUGCAAUCCCAGAUACUUAUAUGGAGUUUUAUGACAAAACUGUAGAAGCAGUAACUCAGAUAUGUUAAGCUUGUGCAGUUGGACUGAGUAGUUGUUUGUUGAAAUGAGGCUGCCUUGGUUUCUUUAAUCCACUGAGGUGGUUUAUUGCUGUAUAGUUUUGUUUUGCUUUUUUAAAAAAAGGUACCUAGAUCUUAUGCAUUAUACAGCUUACCCUGUGUAACCAGGUCCUGGACUAGCUGUUGUGGAGGGACACGCAGCCGUGUCGCACUAAUCACUUAAACAGCACGGGGUGAAUCACUUACGUUGAGGCUGACUUCUGUGGACACUGACACUUAAAGCUUCUCCCUCUCCCUUCCUGUAGACCCAUCUCUUGGGAAGGUUUCUGUGCAGCGUUCAGCCCUGCAAUGAUUUGAAAAGAAAUGUUAUUUACUGAGGUUACUGU